AGUUUGGCAACAGCGCAUUAACCAACAGUUGGAAAGUUGAAAUGUCAUUAAAGAGAGGUAACCUAAAAUAAUGUUUGUUAUUAUUAGGACCUACAUUUAAAAAUAUGUUCGCACAGACAAAGCGUUUUGUUUGUAUACAUACUGCGUGCAAUGCAGUAACGUACCUUAUGGACACAACGGAUUAAUUUCGCAAUUGCCACAAAAAAAAUGGAAAGAUCAGAAUCAAGCGAUUCCGAUUCAAAUUCAUCGACUUCAUGGGUCUUUGUACCAGAUGACGCGCCGCUAGUUGACAAUAACGCAAAUGCUUUUCAUUUAGAUUGCUCACGAGAACCCAUUCAAGAAUUAACUGAACAAGAUUUCGCAUCAGCCGGGUCUGAUUUUGAAACCGAAUCAGACGGAGUGAGUAUCAUUAGUGAAAGUGAUGCAACUAGUGGAGAAUACGAAAGUAGAACCUGUGAGAAUACCAGUGAACUGAAAGACCAAUGCGAAACACUUUACAGCGAUAUUUCAACCAUUAAAAAAGUUGACUCGACAUUGCUAAGUCAGGCAAAGAGGUUUUUGACCAGUAGCAAUAUCGUAGGAGUGGGCGUUGUACUUACGGCUGUCUUCUUGGGUUCCUACUCUUUCAAGAAGGUUACAGUCCCAGAUGUCACUGAUUUUAUUGCCACUAAUGUUGACAAAAGUGAUUAUUCCGAUUUGCCAUGCAAAAGCUCUGUCAACUUAGAUGAAAUUGUAGACAUUACUAUUGCGUGUACUUACAGCGGCAAGGAAAGCAAAGUUCUUAUUAAAAACAAACAAAUUAAGCAAUGCGUAAGAGACAGGUAUGGAAACACAGUUCCGCUAAAUCCCAUUGAUCAGAGGAAGAUUAAUGAUGAGGUUACUCCACUACUCCAAAAUAAAAUAGAAAAGCUAGCUGAAAACAAAUUUGACAUGCACACUCCAGACAAGAUAAAUAAAAAUAAACAAGAAAGCGCGGAAAUUUCAACAAGACAUAAACGUAAGUCUAGAGAUGUGCCUUUGAAAGUAACUACAUUUGAGAAACCUCCCAAAUCUAAAAUCUUCAAAACAAUUAAAGAAACCAAAAGUAGCAAAGUAAAAGGGGUUGAACAAAGUGGAGAAUGGUAUACCAACAUGCAUAAAGCUAGACAGCACUCUAGGAAGCAAACCAAUAAAGCUGGGAUUUAUAUUGCUAAAAGGGUUAAAAAUAAGUGGUAUUUUAAAUGGAUGAAAGGUCGCGAAGAAUUACGGCGCAGAAAUAUUUACAAGCCUUAUUCGAGUUACUUGAAUAAUUAGGAUUUGUAAAUGAGAGGAUUUAUUUUUGUAUGGCAUGUAAAUAGUGUUAUGUACGUUAAUUUUUUUAAAUUUGGGUAGAAGUUUCCCAUUUUAGAAUGUGAUGUUUUUAGAUCCCUGUGAAUUUUCUUUACAAAUAAAUAACUAAAUAUGUAA